GAAUAUUCAACUAUAGAAGAGUUGAAGAUCGAAAUAAUAGUUAAGGUAUAUGGCAUGCAUUCCUAAACAACUUUCAGCAACUUGCGUAGCACAAGGCAAGGAGUUUUCGAGAAACCUUUAUCGUGGCUCCAACACUAAGAGGCUAAGUUCAUUGGUUGAAGAUGAUUCAGGUUUGCUGGAUGAAGGAUUUGUUACGUGUGAUUUCUUGUCAAUAAGGAAACCUGGUUCUUUAGGUUGUUCCAAGGCUAUCUCACUACUCAGCAUCAAAACCACAUAUGGCAUCCUUGGCCUGUCUUCUGGGUCAAGGAAGGAAAGAAGGUAUGUUUUGAAGCUUGAUACUUACAUGUCCAACAAGGUUAAGGCCACGCUUGAGAUGGUUAAACCCUCUAUUCUUCUUCCCACUUAUCAUGUCCAACAAUAGUAUAGCGAAGCUGAAAACAUCAGAUUUUACUGAGAAUUGCCCAUAAAUGGCAUAUUCCGGUGCCAUACAACCACCGCAAGAAAACAAUUAUGAUAAAUUAUAUCAGCAGGGAUUUUUAGUAAAAUAGAGAGUAUAAAGAUAGUUUUUAAACUUACUAGUUUCCAACCACUAUCUUUGUGCUUCCCUCAGACUGUUCUCCAAAUGUUCUAGCCAUGCCAAAGUCAGAAAUUUUGGGGUUCAUUUCACUAUCAAGCAAAACAUUGCUUGCUUUGAGAUCUCUAUGCAUGAUCCUCAAUUGAGAAUCUUAAUGUAGAUAGACAAGCUCUUUAGCAAUUCCACAAAUAAUGUGAAAACGCCUUGACCAGUCUAAUAAUUUCCUUCUUGUAUC